GUCAGAAAUUCACUCUAAGCUAGGGUUUUUGGGCAUAUCUACGUAUAUUUGUUCUUCAUCCAAGAGCGCGAGCGCCUGGCGUGAUGGCGUUUCCCUACUUGGAAUCCGUUGUCGGGUUCAUGAUCUUCAUGUAUUUCGUGGAGAGUUACUUGCAUCUCCGCCAAUACAGGGCUCUCAAGCUCCCCACGCUGCCUCCCACGCUCGAAGGCGUCGUCAGCCAGGAGAAAUUUGAGAAGUCGCGCGCUUACACUAUUGAAAAGAGCCGCUUUCAGUUCAUACACUCGGUCUGGACAAUCGUUGAGGAGUGCUGUAUGCUGCUGCUGAAAAUUUUGCCGUGGAUUUGGAUGAAAUCCGGAGACUUGGCAGUAAGGCUGGGCUUUGAUCCUCAAAACGAGAUCGCACAAACAUUGGCUUUUCUCGUCCUGACAACUAUAUGGUCUCAAAUAACGGAGCUUCCUUUCGCCUUGUAUUCCACCUUUGUGAUUGAAGAGCGUCAUGGAUUUAAUAAACAAACGAUAUGGCUCUUCUUUAAAGACAUUCUAACGGGCCUACUUCUUAUGGUGGUGCUUUCCCCGCCAAUUGUCUCAGCUGUAAUCAUCAUCGUCCAGAAAAGUGGCCCAUAUCUUGCGAUUUAUCUGUGGGGGUUCAUUGUUGUCCUCGGGCUUCUUAUGUUGAUACUGUAUCCACUCGUGAUCCAACCAUUGUUCAAUAAGUUUACACCCCUCCCGGAAGGAUCUUUGCGAAAGCAAAUUGAGGAUCUGGCUGCCUCUCUGAAAUUUCCUUUGAAGAAGCUGUUUGUGGUAGAUGGCUCUACCCGAAGCAGUCAUAGCAACGCAUACAUGUACGGUUUUUUCAAAAGCAAGCGCAUUGUGCUAUACGAUACACUAGUUCAGCAGUGCACAAACGAGGACGAGGUAGUGGCCGUGAUAGCGCACGAACUGGGGCACUGGAAGCUUAAUCACACGACAUAUUCGUUCAUAGCGGGACAGUUUCUUACUCUACUCCAGUGCGUCGGAUACACGUUCGUCCGCAACUCCAAGGAUUUGUUCCACAGCUUUGGCUUUACCACUCAGCCGGUACUUAUCGGCUUGCAGCUGUUCCAGCACACGUUGACGCCACUGCUUCACGUUGCUGGCUUUGUGAUGAACCUUGUGAGUCGCGCGUUUGAGUUCCAGGCUGAUAAUUUUGCGGGUGAGCUGGGCUACGCACUCCCGCUCCGUGGCGGGCUUAUCAAGCUCCAGGAGGAGAACCUGUCCGCCAUGAACACCGAUCCCUGGUACUCCACUUACCACUACUCCCAUCCUCCGCUGGUGGAACGGCUGGCGGCGCUGGACAAAUUCCAGAAGAAGACCGAGUGAGCGAAAAGAAGCGAGAUCCUUGUAUGUAAAUUUCCUCUCGAUUUUGGUUUCAAACCACCCCAAACCGGACCACAUUAUCAAACUUAAAGCUUGUGCGAAAUUGUGAGCUUAGAUUAGACUAAGGUCAUUAUUCUACAGGCAAGAAAAUACUAUAUCAUCGCCCUCGA